AUGGCGAUAACGGAGGUGUUCGGCGAGUUCCGCACCGGCAAAACGCAACUGUCGCACACUUUGUGCGUGACCACUCAAAUACCGAAUCCGUCGGGCUACCACGGCGGCAAGGUCAUGUUCCUCGACACGGAGCACACUUUUCGUCCAGAUAGGUUAAGACCGAUAGCAGACAGAUUCAAUUUGGACCAAAACGCCGUUUUGGACAAUGUCCUAUAUGCCAGAGCGUACACAUCCGAACAUCAGGCUGAAUUAUUAGACUACGUAGCGGCGAAGUUCCAUGAAGAGGCGGGCGUUUUCAAACUCCUGAUCAUCGACUCUAUCAUGGCUUUGUUCCGGGUCGAUUUCUCGGGCCGAGGUGAACUGGCCGAUAGGCAGCAAAAAUUGGCCCAAGUGCUAUCGCGACUGCAAAAGAUAUCCGAAGAGUAUAACGUGGCCGUGUUUAUAACAAAUCAAAUGACGGCGGAUCCCGGCGCCACCUUAACGUUCCAAGCGGACCCGAAAAAGCCUAUCGGGGGCAACAUUUUGGCGCAUGCAUCCACCACCAGAAUUGCACUCAGGAAGGGUAGGGGAGAGAACCGAAUCGCCAAAAUUUACGACUCGCCGGAUCUCCCCGAAAGCGAAGCAACUUUCGCCAUCACUAAUGGAGGAGUCUCUGACGCUAAAGAU